AUGAACUAACAAAGAAUAAUUGAUUCUGUUAGUUCAGAAGAUAAUUGCGUAGGGUUAGAAAUUUCUGUAUACUUUAGCGAUGAUAGUUCAAUAACAGAUGAAAAUGAAGAGGGAUAAGAAAAUUAUAGUAAUGAUGAGCAUACUAAAAUUCAAGAAGAGAUAAAGAAUUUACAAUAAUAAUAAUAUAAUUAAGCCUUUAAUAAUGUAUAAGGGUUUGUCAGACACAACAAUUAAAAAGCAUUUGAAUUGAUAGAAUAUAUACAAAAAAAUAUAAAUUUAGAUUAACAAUAAGAAAUAUAAGAAAUUAUUUUGGAGUAUUAUAGAAAAAUAUUAUUUUAAUAAUUAACAUAGGGUGUCGUGGAGAAACAUCUGAUUGCCUAAUUGGAGAAAAAACUACGCGAGAUAUGUUUCAGUUAUUCAAUUUUGAACAAUUCCAGUGGUUCAAUUAUAAUAUGAUUAAUAUAAUCCCG